ACAACUAUAUAUAUAUAUAUAUAUAUAUAUAUAUAUAGUUAACAUUGUGAGAAGUCACCUCAGCAGCGGAAUUACACAUAUUCCAUACGCUGUUUCCUCGCGUGGAAGCGGCGGCGGUGCCUCAGGGGUCGGACAUGCCCCCCGUCAGCGAGGAGCUGGGCGCCGGGGACGCCUCCACGACGGCAACGACGACGGCGGCGGCGGCGGCGGCGUCUCCUUUGGCUCCCCUCGAGGAAAGCGAGGCGGUGGCGGUGUCUGAAGAAGGGAAGCCGGCGAACGGGGGGUGGCUCCCGCCCGAGAAGGAUCCCCUGGCCGCCGGCGGAGUGGGAGACACGACUCCCGAGGAGGAGGAGGGGAAGGAAGGGAAGGAGAAUGGGGAGCUCCUGCAGCCGCCGCCGCCGCCGCCGCCUCCUUCCCCUCCGCCGCCCGAGGAGGACGUAACCGCCGCCGCCUUUGCCUCCUCCUCCGCCGCCGCGGAGUCCUUCGAGCCCCCCGAGGGCGGCUGGGGCUGGCUGGUGAUGCUGGCCUCCAUGUGGUGCAACGGAGCCGUCUUCGGCAUCCAGAACUCCUGCGGGGUCCUUUUCAAGUCCAUGCUGUCCGAGUUUGGAGACCCCGAGGACAAGCAGCUCAUGUUCAGGACAGCGCUGGUGAAUUCCCUGUCAAUGGGAAUGAUCUUCUUCUGUUCUCCCAUAGUCAGUAUCUUUACCAACAUAUUUGGCUGCCGAAAAGUAGCUGUUGGUGGAGCAGCAGUGGCUUUUAUUGGGCUCCUUUCAAGUUCAUUUGUAAGCUCACUUGGGCCUCUUUAUUUCACUUAUGGAAUCUUAUUUGGCUGUGGCUGCUCAUUUACCUAUCAGCCAUCCCUGGUGAUCUUGGGACAUUAUUUCAAGAAACGUCUGGGACUGGUGAAUGGAAUUGUCACUGCUGGCAGUAGCUUGUUUACAGUAACAUUGCCUUUUCUAUUAAAUGUACUGAUUGAAUCAGUUGGCCUGUAUAACACUUUCCGAGUCCUGUGCAGUUUUGUAUUUGUUCUCUUCCUGGCUGGCUUUACGUAUAAGCCUCUCAUUCCUAGUGCCAAAACAAGUGGAGGAAAAGGCAAGUUCAAUUUUCCACCUGCAAAAACUAUUUUCAAUUUUUCCAUUUUCAAAAUAACAAGCUAUCGAAUCUGGGCUUUCGGAAUUCCAGCUGCCUUAUUUGGAUAUUUCAUACCUUAUGUUCACUUGCUAAAGCAUGUGAAAGAACGCAUUGGUGAAGAUGUUCCAGAUGUAACACUUCUGCUUUGCCUUGGCAUUACUUCAGGAGUUGGACGAUUGGUCUUUGGCAGAAUUGCAGAUUACAUUCCUGGUGCAAAAAAGGUUUAUCUACAGGUUAUUUCAUUUUUCUUCAUUGGCCUGAUGUCUAUGAUGAUUCCAUUAUGCUAUACCUUUGGAGGUCUUAUUGCUGUCUGCCUCUUCAUGGGUCUUUUUGAUGGUUGCUUCAUUAGCAUCAUGGCACCUAUUGCAUUUGAACUUGUUGGUGCACAGUAUGUUUCUCAGGCAAUUGGAUUCCUUUUGGGCUUCAUGUCUGUACCAAUGACAGUUGGUCCACCUAUUGCAGGACAACUACGUGAUCUUCUAGGUACGUACGAUGUAGCAUUCUACUUAGCAGGAGUUCCCCCUAUUAUUGGAGGAGCUGUUUUGUGUUUCAUCCCAUGGGUGCAUGAAAAGGAAAAAUCCAAAGAACAAGCAAGUCCUGUAGAUGGGGAAACUACAGAGAAAAUGCUGGAAAUCAAAAGUACCUCAGGAUUGGACUCCUUUGUGAAACCUGGCAAAGAAUCAGAGUCUGUUAUUUAAUUAUUGAUAUUUUUCUACCAGAUUGAAUUUAUUUUUUUAUAAAAACUAGGUUAGGGUUCUGUUUUUGAAUUGAAUGUACCACAUGAUUGUACUUCAAAAGCAAAGCCAUCACAAGAAUCAAAGUCAUGAUGCAGGUUAAAACAAAAUUGCUAACAGCAUGGAUAUUAUUUUACUUUUUUGGUUGGAUCCAUUUUCAAGCUGCAUUUCUUCAUAAUGAAGUUUUACAUCAUAAGCAUAUGUACUGGUGAGUGUGUAUGUAAGCAGAACUUUAAAAGCAAGCAACAAACACAUGUUGAUGCAUUUAUGGAACUGAAGAACUCUGCCUUUUAUUAACUGAUCUUUUCAGAAUGCCUUCAGUAGUUUUUAAUCCGUCCAAUGGAAUGAUUCAUCUAGGAAUUUUUAUAGCAUCUGAAAGUUUUAAGGACAUUACUGUUAAUUUUAAAAAAAGGUUUUGUGGUGUGUCUCUCUGGAUUAAUUGUUUUUUUAGAUCCUCUUAAACCAAAUCCUAUGUAGUGUUAGACAUGCCAAAGUCCAUUUAUUUCAGUGGGUUUAAGAAUGUCUAAUGUUGCAUAGGGUUACAGCCUUAAUGUCUGCAAUGAACUGUCCCUGGAGGAUUAAACUGUGAAAUAUAAUUUUUCGAUGAAGUACUGUU